GGAGGUGACCAGUAGAUAGCUAAAUAGGGGACAGUGGACGGUGUUGCCUAUGUUAGGCCUUCAUUCACAAUGUACUUAGUUAAGACCUAUUCAGCACUUUACUUUUAGUCAAAUUGGAUUUGUUUCUGUUAGCCACUGUUUUAUUUUCAUUUUCAGAGAACAGUCCAGAGGCACUUUGUGAGUGACAGGCAGUCUAUAGACUUACCUCUGAUGGAUUCUGGGUUCUAACUCCUGAACUUGGGAUAUGGUUAAUUAUCAGGAAUUCAAAGAUGACCUUAGCUACCACCUUCCUGUUUUUUGCGAUUCAUUUAGCCUGUAUCAGAGCUGGAAAUUCCUCUGAGAAAUUUAUCAAGCUGGAGUGUGAAGAAGAAUACCAUGGGGUUUAUGGUCAGCAGUCAUUGCUGCAGUGUAAUGUCAAAGCUGUUGAGAACGUGACCAUCUUGACCGUGACCUGGAAGAGGGUGGAAGCUGAUCCUCUUUUGUUGGAAUUCCAUAAAGAUACAUCUAACCUAACCCCUGGAUUUAAAUUUGCUGAGCCAUCCUGGAACAAGGAUAAUAUGAAUGUGUCCUUGUUGUUGACAAAGACCAAGAUGGCCGACAAGGGGGUGUAUGAAUGCAUGGUGACCACAGACCGUGGUGAUGAUACAGCUACAACCAGCCUCAGUGUCACAGCUAAGUACAUAACUCCAACCAUGAGCUCCAUCCCUGAGACCAACAUCAAAGAGAACACAGAUGUGACCAUUUUCUGCAACUCUACAGGCGGGCAACAGACAGGGUUGAUCUGGUGGUUUGACCAGGAUGGCUAUAAUUGGACGCACAGGGCUGAACUGGUGGCCAAAGAGACUGACGAUGGACUGUUCAGCCUCUCCAGUAAAUUCACAGUGCAGAAGGCUACAUCCAGUUACACAAACUACACGUGCAAAGUGCUCAAUAGCAAUGGUGCCGAGGAGGGGGUGGCAUCAUUUGUGAUCCAGUUAGCUCCGCAAGUCUCAGAAAUAAACGGUGACCAUUUGGAUUCUGAUUCUACCACCCACUGGCUAGCCCCGGUUGUAGUCAUAGGAUCUCUGGUCAUUGGACUCCUUGCUGCGCUGCUGAUAUUUAAGAGGCGCUCCGCCCAACGUGACCACCAACCAGACACCAGGCAUGAUGUUGAUGUUGAGGCAGAAGGUCUAAACAGUUUCUAGUAAAUGAUUUGUUAACGGGCAGUCUCUGGAAGGGACUGUUUCCUUGACGAUCAAUAAGGGGCUUGUCACCAUCACAAUCUUUUGAUGGACUGUUUCCUGUUAAGUGUCUGAUGACAGUCACUUUGGCACUCAGGUCAUUCUGAUUGAGGCAUCUGCUCCUUCAUAAUCUACUGAUGACGGCAGCCUUUAAGGUUUGUUGUUGAUUACAAAUGAUAUGUAACUGCCCUAUAUAUCAAUGUUUCUAUACAGGGUUGCCAUGGUGUCAUAAUGCUCUAGAUUCUACCACUGCAGAACAUUGGUAUACUGUAAUACCAGGUAAUCUAAUCAAUGUACACACUGUACUACAAGGUGCAUGGUUUAACAUUCCACGUUUCCUAUACUGUAGAUUUUACCAUAGUGGUUGUUAUUACUAUACUGUAACACCAGACCAUCUAAUCACUAUAACUUAACACACGGUUCUAUACUAAGGUUGUGCGAACAUUCAAUUUGAACACAGCACUUUUCUGAAAACAUGUAGUAAAACUGGUUUCCCUUCUGAAAGAGGGUUUCGCAAAACUGUACAACAACCACUCGUAUAACCAAAAGCCAGCCUGUUGCUCCUACCACAGAGGAUUUGUUUGUGGCCUUCCUCUUACUCCUUUCUUCUUGUCUUGCGCCACCUGCUGGUGGAAGAUUCAGGUCUAUAUUUAUAUAGAUACUAGCCUUUAAACACUGUGGUUGAUGACUUUAACAGUCUAUGUUUAAAAGCCUAACAUGACUUCCGAACACUGAGGCUGUACCCACUUUUAAGUUAGUUUUAACAGUGGUCAAGUUGGCUACUGUGGCUAUUUGAUCAUAAUGUUGUCCUACCAGAAUGGUCUACAUCAAAAACAAUGGAACAAAUGCCUCCUAUAACAUUUGAACACGGAAAUAGCUGUUCUAUCAUUCAGCCUACAGUAGCAGCCAAUGUGUGGUGUUCAAUGUAGGGCUGCAUUCAAUGAGACUUUUGAAGAAAACAUGGCAGGCUUGACAUGAACUUGUUUCUCCACUUGUCCUUCAGACAAGGAGGUGACUGACAAUGUUGCUGUGUUGUUUGUUUAUGCGUGUAGAAAGCACUUUUCCAAAAAAGAUGAAGUAAACUGGUUUCGCCUCUGAAAAGACGGUUCUGGUAGAUACUCUACUUUGAUUCUGCUCCAAUGUGUAUGUGAAGAAAUGCUAGGCUAAAUAUAAAUAGUACAUCACUUUUGACUAGAAGAAAUUAGGGAGCCAUUUUGAAUUCACCCUUUGACUUGACUUUGUGUCACCUCUGGAACGUAUAGUAACAUUAACCUAACCUUGUUACCAACAGCCAGCCUGUUGCUUCAACAGUUUUACCGCAGCAGUUUCUUUUGAUUUGUCCUUCCUUUUUUCACCUGGUGGUUGAUUAUGAAAAAUGUGGAAAAACAUUUAGAAAAGGUUUUGUGGGUCAGCAAUUAUCUUCUAUUUACAUAAUGAUUGUUUCAGUUCCCAUGAUGUUUUACUGCUAUCAUGUUGCUGUUGAUGGCAUUGCAAAUUCGACUUGAGAAAUCUGUUGUUGUAUUGUGGGAACUUGAGGUGAACGCCGUCCACAACAAGAAUACACCUCCCACAAUUCCUUCCAACUCCUCGACAGUGUCCGUCCCUUCUUACUUAAGUGCACACUUGGCAGUUGUCACUGUAGAUACAGAUAUGAUGAACCUAUUUCUAUGCCAGUCAGCAUGGAACUAGUCAGGGCUCUUCCACAGAAGGCCGGACUUUGAUCUUUUUGUUGUUGUUGAUUUUGGCUCCGAUCUACUAUGGUGGCUUGAGAUGUUUGUGCGUCAAGUUAUGAUUAUUUCCCAAUUCAAACAAAAAACAAGACAUGUUAUUUCGUAGUGUAAGAGGUCAAGAUGAGAGAGGAAUCCUGUCUAUAUAUGAAGUGAUUAUCAAGUGAUUUGUUAAUAUGUUUUUUUUUUUAAAGACAACUUCCUGUUUUCAGCACAUAGAUAUGCCUGCUUGAGGCCUGCUCUGCAUCUAUCCCCAUAUAACAGACUUUGUUAUUGCUACAUUUGGUAUGUUUUUAUAUGUGACUUUGUUUGUUAUGAAUAAAUCAUUGAGAUGAAAGCUUUUUUACUUUGUCCAGAUAUAACAUGUAAAUAAUCUAUUGUAUAGUAUGUCCGGGUAUAUUUUGAACUGUGAAAUUCCUGUUCAGAUCCUGCACCUUGAUACUGUUCAUUAAAUAUAGGACAGUGAGAAAUUUGUUACACUGAACGUUUUGUAAAUACUUUCACUUGUUGUUUUUUAAAUAUUACCAUCUUUAAACAAAUAAAAAAAUCAUUAUUGAU